AUGGCGGACGCAGAGAAUAACACCAAGGUUAGCUUGCUUCUGCCGGUAGACAGAGUCGAGAAAUUCACAUGGAGAGAUCUGCGAGACGGAUCAUUCACCGAAGAACUCAAGCGGAUCAUCUGCUUCGCUGCUCCUAUGGCGGCUGUGGUCAUCGCUCAAUUCAUGUUACAGAUCAUCUCAAUGGUCAUGGUUGGUCACCUCGGAAACCUCGCUCUCGCCAGCGCCUCUCUCGCCUCCUCCUUCUGCAACGUCACCGGCUUCAGCUUCAUCAUAGGAUUGUCAUUUGCGUUAGAUACUCUGAGCGGUCAAGCUUAUGGAGCCAAGCUAUAUAAAAAGCUAGGUGUUCAGUUAUACACAGCUAUGUUCUGUCUUACACUAGUGUGUCUCCCUCUCUCUGCCAUAUGGUUCAACAUGGAGAAGCUUCUUGUGUUCCUUGGCCAAGACCACUCUAUUGCAAAAGAAGCCGGAAGAUAUGCUGCUUGGCUCAUCCCUGGAUUGUUCUCUUACGCAAUUCUUGCACCGCUCACUCGCUACUUCCAAAACCAGAGCUUGAUCAAACCUCUCUUCAUUACCUCUUGUUUUGUGAUCGCUCUCCACGUUCCUUUCUGCUGGCUUUUGGUUUACAAGUCAGGGCUUGGUGAUGUUGGAGGAGCCUUGGCUCUCGGUUUGUCAAACUGGCUCUAUGCCAUUGUUCUUGGUUCUAUCAUGUUCUUCUCCUCCGCCUGUGCUGAGACACGUGCGCCACUCUCAAUGGAGAUAUUCCAAGGCAUUGGAGAGUUCUUCAGAUACGCUCUUCCUUCUGCUGCUAUGAUUUGCCUGGAGUGGUGGUCAUAUGAGCUCAUUAUAUUACUCUCUGGUCUCUUACCAAACCCACAACUUGAGACUUCUGUGCUCGCUGUCUGUCUCCAAACAGUUGGGGCAAUCUAUUCAAUACCACUUGCGGUUGCGACUGCAGCAAGCACAAGAAUAUCAAAUGAAUUAGGUGCUGGAAACUCUAGAGCAGCACAUAUGGUGGUCUACGCAGCAAUGUCUGUUGCCCUAUUGGAGUCACUGAUAGUGAGUGCGUCUCUAUUCGUUGGCAGGAACGCUUUCGGUUAUGUUUUCAGCAGUGACAAGGAAACCGUAGACUAUGUUGCAAAGAUGGCUCCGUUGGUCUGUAUUUCUCUCAUACUGGACGGUUUACAAGGAGUUCUCUCAGGAAUUGCAAGGGGAUGUGGAUGGCAACAUAUGGGGGCUUACAUCAAUUUAGGAUCUUUCUAUCUCUGGGGGAUACCUUUUGCAGCAACUUUAGCCUUCUGGGCUGAUCUGAAAGGUGUUGGCCUUUGGAUUGGCAUACAAGCUGGUGCAAUUCUCCAAACUUUUCUGCUUGGUCUUUUCACCGGAUGCACAGACUGGGAAAACCAGGCCCUUGAAGCGAGGAAGCGAAUGGCUUUAGCCUAG